AUGAUCGAGUUAAGGCCCCUUCAGAUAACGGCAUUAGUCUUUGCAGUGCUUGCCUUCUUCCUGACCUUUUCAGCAAUUUUAACUCCGGCGUGGCAGGUCGUUUAUGCCCGAGAAAUCCAGCAAUGGAUUCAGAGCGGGCUAUGGUUGAAUUGCCAGACCAGGUAUGCGACCUUUUUGUAGCCCCGACUUCUCAAAAUUUAGGCCUUCAGGAAUGUACACAUGCACGUACAGCUUCUCGGAACAUGACUUUGAUUUCUACACAAAUGCGGAGACCAUCAAUUUGAGGACCCCUCCCUUUUAUUGUACGUAUAGUUGAGUUGAAAUCAUUUUUAUACGAACUGUUAUGUAAUAUGACGUUAUUUUUCAGCAUGGCAGCGAAGUCUAUUGGCCGUUUAUUUGAUCGCGCAGUUCAUCACUUUCCUCUCAUUUUCCUCGUUUUUCUGCUCUCUCAAUCUCCAAACUCGCCAACUUAGUGCCAUUUCAUUUGCCGUUCUCAUCUCAAUUACUUGUAAGCUUUGUACUUGAAAAUCAUCCACAACUUCACCAAAUUAAUUUCCAGUUCUAAUCCAUUCGGGUACCACCUUAGCCUUCGCCGUGUUCACUCAGAUGGUUGAAUAUCGUUUUUACCAUGUCAGUGUGAGUGGAAUAUACGAAGUAAGUCUUUUCCCAAACGCAUUACAAUUUUCAGAAACAUUGGGGUUACUCUUUUUACAUCGAGCUCUUCGUUUUGCUUUUCCUCUUCCUUUCGAUGUGUUUCGCCAUCGCUUUUUUGAUUCAAGAGAGGAUGAAUAAGACCAACAACAACAACUACAGACUGGCUACGGCCAACACCGCCGACUUCUACGGUCUCGACCCUUAUGAGACCAGGCUGGCCAUGCGCGAAUUGCCAAAUGUUCCGAAAUACCGGUAA